ACUCUGAACGCGGCCAUUUGCCACGACGAGGACUUUUACUCUACAAUUUAGUGUCGCCUAAAGUUUCGAAGCUUCAGUCCUUCGGUCCACCAGACCGGGUUUGGGUCACACAGGUCGGUCACGUGACUCCCAGUCAUCAGGCUCACGAAGCGGUCCUGAGUGUGAGUGUCUCUUUAACGGGCUGACGCCGCUUCCUGCCGCAGACGCACCAGCCUCGCCUUCUCUCUGCGGCGGCUGCCUGACACAAACAGCCGACGAGCCGGGAUCACACGGGCACACUGGACCGGGACCGGACCGGACCGGCACGCAGAGACACAGACGCCAUGACAGAGACAACCAAAACCCACGUCAUCCUGCUGUCCUGCGGCAGCUUCAACCCCAUCACCAAGGGACACAUCCAUAUGUUCGAAAAAGCCAGAGAAUAUCUGCACAAAACAGGUCGUUUCAUCGUGAUCGGAGGGAUCAUCUCGCCGGUGCACGACUCCUAUGGAAAGCCUGGUUUGGUGUCCAGCAGACAUCGUCUCACCAUGUGUCAGCUGGCCGUCCAGUCCUCUGAUUGGAUCAGGGUGGACCCCUGGGAGUGUUACCAGGACACCUGGCAGACCACCUGCAGCGUGCUGGAGCAUCACCGCGACCUGAUGAAGAGAGUCACCGGCUGCAUCCUGUCCAACGUCAACACUCCAUCCACGACUCCUGUGAUUGGUCAGCCACGGAACCAGACUCCUCCCAUCUACCAGAACAACAGCAACAUGAAUCACAAGCCCACAGCCAUCAAGCUGUGGGGGAAAGUCAGCGAGAGUCUGGGGAAGAUCUGCUGCGUGCGCCCUCACAUCGAACGUUUCACCUUCGUCGAUGAAAACGCCAACUUGGGGACUGCGAUGAGAUACGAGGAGAUCGAGUUACGCAUCUUGCUCCUGUGUGGCAGUGAUCUCCUGGAGUCCUUCUGCAUCCCUGGCCUGUGGAAGGACAGUGAUAUGGAGGUGAUCGUGGGAGAUUUUGGGAUCGUGGUGGUUCCUCGUGAUGGAGCCGACACAGAGAGGAUCAUGAAUCACUCCUCCAUUCUCCGCAAGUACAAGGACAACAUCAUCGUGGUGAAGGAUGCGAUGAGCCACCCGAUGUCCAUCGUCAGCUCCACCAAGAGCAGACUGGCCCUGCAGCACGGCGACGGUCAUGUUGUGGACUACCUGAGUCAGCCCGUCAUCGACUACAUCCUGCAGAGUCAGCUGUACAUCAACGCCUCAGGAUAGAGUCAACAUCAUGCCCGCAUGAGAACAGGGAGAGUUGGGAGGGGUGGGGUACCUACAACCACCAUCAUCUACAUGAAUAUAAGCCCCACCCCCUAAGAAACAAAACCUUCCUUCUCUGUCUUCUGUGUCAAACAUAUACUCUUCUUUGAGCUGUCGCUUUCCAACAGGAGCAUUCGUGUCCCUCCUUCUGUCUGUGUCAUGUGACUUUGCCAUCAGGGUGGGGGUCGUUUCGGGGUGGGGGUGUUGGAGAUGAUGUGCGGAGGUAAUCCUUAAGGGCUGCAGAAGCGUCAUCGAUGUGUUUGUCCACUGUGGUGAGACAGCAGUGUCUUCUCACUCUCUCUGUUAUCUGUCCUUAUUAACGUUUGGGGGUGCAUGACACACAACCGGGCAUGCUCAGUGAACCAGUGGCAGAUGGGAAAAAAACUCUACUUUUAUGUUAGGGCGGCGUCUGGCUUAAAGGUGACAGGGUUUUUGGGCCUCAUGCAAGAACCACAAACAGAUUUGCUGUUAAAGUAAUGGCACACACACAAGUGAAGAAAACUUCCCAAAUAUUUUCAUUUCUAUAAUUUUCUCCUUGGCUUGUAAAGAAGUGGUCCUUUAUAAAUAAAAAAACUCAACAUAAAUUCAUUUGGAGUGUGACUGUAGUACAAUCAACCCAAACAUAAAUUAGCCAAUCAACCAACCGAAAUGUUGCUAAUGUUGCUAAUGUUGCUAAGUCCUGCCAUCUUUGUUAUCGCUGCUACUGCUGUCAGACAUUGUGUUUCAGCACAUCAGAUAUGCAGUGAUAAGAGCUGCAAAUUCACCUAAAUCAACCGUCAUGUUCAGAACACAAGCAGCCAAAAGCAGCGCUUCAGUUAGCUUAGUCAGUUUGGUCAGCUGAAACGUUGCUAGCAGAUCCUACUACCUGAGACAAGACGGUUGAUUAACGUUGGCUCCAUGAGCUCAAUGAAAUCUCUAUAUUCUGUACUGAGAGUUCUGAGAAUCAAAACAAGGUCUUUAAAAAAGCACACGCUAUCAUGCUAACAGGCUAAAGCUAACAGGUAAGCAGUUGUUUUCAUCUCCAGCAGGUGGUCCACGUAAAUGAAGUCGUGUAGGCAGAGCAGAGCUUGAGUUCGUCCUGGAAGGAUUAAACUUUUCAACUUUGUUUGGGUUCCUUUAAUAUAACUGCUGAUCCUACUGCAUUCAAAGCUUUGGAAACAACUAAUGAGACCGGAUCAUGUCUUUAGCUGUCUGCUGAUGUCUGACAGGACCGUGAACGUCUCAUAGUUACUCUUUGGUCACUUUUUGGUUAAUACAACCUGACACGUGAGCCAUUCAAACAGUGAGCCCGGCUGAUCCUGGAGCGCCAGCUGGACGUGUCCUCCACACAGAUGAAGCGGUUCACAUACAGCCGGUCCUUAACGUGGUAGAUUUACUGCUUUUCUCUCUGGAACACGCAGUACGUGAGGGUUAGAGUGAGCUGAAAUGUUCUUGCAUGAGGCCCGUUCAUCAGAUCAUCUCAGCUGCACUCCUGCAGCAUCCAUCAGAGUCCAAGUCAACAGUCUGACCUCCGUGCUAAACCUGAGCUGAAGGUGUGUGACCCUGCAGGUUCAGAGGAGGACCAGAACCGCAGCCUCAGGUUCUGGUCCUCCGCCGACCUGACCCAACAGUAGCACCUUAAAACACGGCGGACAGAAUGGACUCCCAGCUGUCCAUUAAUGUCUCCUGGAUGAGAUUUUAGGAGACUGAGGAUCUUGAAUGGACAGUGCUGCUGCAGAUGAUGAUGAUGAUGAUGAUGAUGAUGAUGAGCAGCAGCAGCAGUGUGCGGUGAUGUGGUGGGCUGUAUAAGGUGUUUGUUUCUUCUUCAUGUGCUCCUGUAAGCUCUUCUUAGACUGCAUGCUUAGACAGUUUGGUUCUGGCAUGAAUGUUUAUCACUUGGUAGGAUAUGAUCUGUUGUGAAUGUGUUUGCAAAAAAAGACACAAGAAGUAAAUAUAUAUAAGUACAUAUAAAUAUAACAAACAGUGGGGAUCAUCUUCACCCACGUCUGUCCAUUUUCUAUUCACUCUGUAAAUGUACAGAUCUGCACUGUACUGAAGACCAACGCCUCAUCAAUGUGAAAUGAUUUGUACAUUUAUUCAUGCGUGUGUGUGUGUGUGUGUGUGUGUGUGUGUGCGUGUGCGUGCGUGCGUGCGUGCGUGCGUGUCUCAGGUCACCUUGUGUUGUACCAUGUAGCUGAAAUUAACUUGUUUUCUGUAUUAAUCUGCCUUUCUUUGCUCGGACUUCUUUUGAUUGUAAACUGUGAUGCACUCUUAAAAAGAUGAGUU